AGAGAGGAAUGUGGCAUCUUCACUGUCUUCUCUGAGUGGAAGCUGUUGAGAAGGUGUCACUUCCCCUCUCGUAUCCUCGCCCGGAGACACACAGAAAGUUGUCUCUCCCUGCUGCUGUGUUAUUUCUACACCAGUGUCACAAGGAAACCGUAGAAGACAUAACUCGGAAAACAAAAAGGCAGAAGUAUAUAUGAAGAAGCACUGGGGAGAAUGUUUCUCUCCCGGCCUCCAAUGGCUUCCCCAUCUGUUGCCUUAGUCCAGGUAUGACUGUCACCUCCAACAAAUCCAGCCCUCAACCUGCUUCCUCUUCAUACCCUGCCACAAGUCUUAGAUCCGGUCUGGCGCAGAUGGAUGAGAUCGAAGGCCCGCGCUGGAAGCCCUUAACUGAGGACUCUGUGUCUCUGGCGUCCUCCGUGUUGGAGCCUAUCAACCUCGAAGACUCCCAUUAUGCUGCGCUGCGAGCUGAGCUUGAGUCCGAUGCCCAGAAUUUGGAGGCAGAGUCGUGGAGCCUGGCUGUGGACCAGGACUACCUGAAGGACCUGAACAAAGAGGCUAUGAAAAGACAGGAUGUCAUCUAUGAGUUGAUCCAGACAGAGAUGCACCACGUACGCACCCUAAAAAUCCUUCUCCGUAUCUACAUGCAUGAGUUGAAGCAGUCUCAGCUGAUAGAGGUCAAUAAAUUGGAGCGGCUCUUCCUUGAAGUGGAACCGCUGCUCGGCCUCCACCAGCACUUCCUCAACUGCCUCAAAAUGCGGCAAAACCAAAGUCAGGAGGAAGGACAACCAAACAACUACCACAUUACACAGCUGGGCGACAUCCUCAUCUCUCAGUUUUCAGGUCCACUGGGAGAACGAAUGUUGGAGUGGUACAGCGUUUUUUGCAGCCAUCACAGUGAGACCAUCAGCUUCUAUAAAGAGCAGACGCAGAACAGCAAGAAGAUGCAGAUUCUUAUGAGAAAAGUAGGUCAGCUGCCACUAGCGCGAAGGCUGGGAAUCUCUGAAUGUUUCCUGUUGGUGACCCAACGCAUUACGAAAUAUCCAGUUCUGGUGGAGCGGAUCAUACAAAAUACUGAAGCUGACACAGAUGAGUACAAGUCUCUGGUAGAAGCUCUGGGGCUGAUAAAAGACACCAUCUCCCAGGUGGACGCUCAGGUCAGUGAAUAUGAGAAAGCAACUCGUCUGAAAGAGAUCAGCCUGCGUCUGGACUCGAAAUCUGUGGGCCGGCUGAAGAACAACCGGCUGCUUCGCAGAGAGGAUCUGAUCCAGGACAACAGGACGCUGCUGCAUGAAGGCACCGUCACCUGGAAGUUGUCUGGUAGACAAAAAGAAAUCCAUGCUGUGCUGCUGUCAGAUGUGCUCCUUCUCUUACAAGAGAAAGAUCAGAAGCUUGUAUUUGCUGCUUUGGAUAACAAACCAUCAGUGAUCUCACUUCAAGGACUGAUAGUCAGGGAUGUGGCCCAUGAUGAAAAAGCCAUGUACCUCAUCUGUGCAUGUAUCUCCAGCAUGCCGGAGAUGUACGAGAUCCACACAGGCUCCAAAGAGGAACGCAUCACUUGGACGACCCUCAUACGAGAAGCAGUGGAGGGUUAUCGUGAAGAGGAGGCGUACCAUGAUCUGCUUGCUGCACUGCAAAAUGUUCAAGAUAAUCUAAAGGUGAGGGAUGACCUGAUAAAGCAAAGUCUGAAAGAAAAGCAGCUGAUCUUUGCUGCACUCUAUGAGAAAGUGACUUCACAGGAAACCCCCCACAAAGGGCUGCUGCUCCGAGGAGACGCAAAUGACCUCCAGCAGGGGGAGACACUGCUAAAUGGAGCCAUCAAUGAGGUGGAAACCCUACAGAACCUGCUCUUCAUGAGGAUAAGAGACCCAAACCUUCCUCUGGAUGAGAGUGUGAUGCAGGGAGGGCCUUUAGGGGGCCACACCUUUGGAGUGCCAGAUGGUAACCUGAUGGCUACCACCAUGAAUAAUGGAGAUGCAGCUGAUCAGCCGGAUGGCAGCGACAACGGUCUACUGUAUAGCGGUCACACUGGUAGUGAGGACCAACCGCAGGAAAUAUACUACUCGGAUGACAUGGAACAGUCUGCUGAUGACGAAACUGACACCCUCCCAAAGCCAAACUGCAACUCAACCCUCAGUCAUUUCCCUGAGGUGUGUGACAGUGUGAUAAGGCUCGCACAGAGGCUCUACAGCCUACAAGCAAUCAUUGUCCAGCAGGACAGCCGGAUUGAGCUGCAGAACGCCUUUCAGUCAAAGAGCAAGCAGCCCACUCGUCAUUACAGCAACGUGCUGCUUGAGCAGGAGAAGCAGCGCAACUUAGAGAAGCAGAAGGAGGAACUUGCCAAUUUGCACAAACUGAAGGCUCAGCAUCGAGAGGAGCAGCAGCGCUGGGAGAAAGACAGAGAGCGACAGAGGAUCCAGAUCGAGACUCUGGAGGCUCAGCUGCAUCAGAGGGAGGAGGAGUGUGGGAAGUGGGAGGAGAAGCUGAAUGAGGAGAAGGCCGAGCUAGAGAGGCAGAAGGAAAAUUACCAGCAGGACCUAGAGAGACUUAGGGAGUCCACAAGAUCCGUGGAAAAGGAGAAGGAGCGUCUGGCUCAGGACAAGGACCGUUUGGAGCAGCUGCAGGAGAAGUUGAAGUUAAAAUACAUCGCAAACCCAGGACCCUCAAACUAUGAUGAUCCUGCACAAUCUUGGAGUCUCUCCAGCUACCCGUCAUUCAGGGGAAGCAUCGUGAAUGGUGGUGGGACCUUAACUCCAAAGCCCCUCGUCUUGCCCACCAUUUAUUCUGAUUCUAUGGAAGUUCCUCCAAAAGUUCCACCGCGCAAGGAGAGUAUUAGCCCCCAGCCAGUCAAAUCCGAGCUGCCCAUCCACCUGAUCAGCACCACAAACCAGGUGUACAAACCUGCAGCCGUGCAGCAGCAGAUCCCCACCAAGCUGGCUGCUCUGUCCAAAGGAAAGGAGAAAGGCUUUAAGACAAAGGCGUCCCACCAGAGAACACACAGUGCAGCUUCUAUAGAUGUGAACCAGGUGCUGCCCAUCAGAGUGACGGGGAAGGAAGGAGGCAGCCUGAGAGCCAGAAGGACCACCAGUCCUCAAAGGAUCUUCCAAACAGACACCUUCAGACCACCAGGAUCUGCCCAGAGUGUGAAACCGUCGCAAUCCUUCAGUAAAAACAAGUGGAGCGGCGGUGACACACCUCCACCAGCACCACCUCCUUUCCCUAAAGAUGUUCUCAAAAAAGAAAAGGAAAUAUUCUUAUAAUCAUGAACUAUAGACUGGAGUUUGGAUGAGGCCCGUCCAGCUUACAGACUUCUACACAUGGAAACACUGACGGACCUGUGAGAGGACAUUACACGUGUCUUUGUGACGUCUCCGUGUGUCCAGCAUGAAGAGACCAGUUACUAACGUGGUACUUUCACAAUGUAAAACAGCUGUUGCGGUUCAAAUGAGCUGGACCUGAAAACAAAGCAACGGUGAAGAUGUUCGAUAAAGACAAUAUUUUAAAUGAAGAUUUUAUCUCCAAAAAUUUUUCUGAGACUUUAUCAUUUUUAUUUUAAAAGAAAGUAGGUUGUGUAUAACCAUUUAGCACUCACGUCUUAAACUUUCUAUUUUAUUUAAUGAAUGACAAACACUGUGAGGAAGCUAUAGAUUUGACAAGUUUACAUGUGUCUAAGUGCCAAGCACAGAAUUGUAUUUCAGAGUGAAUCAGAUGAUAUUGACAUUUUUACCGCAGACCCCGGACUGUCUGCAAAUUAGCAGGGUUUGUAGAAAAAAAGCAGAGCCUGACUGUAAACACAUUAUUUGUAAAUGUAAAAUGGGAACUGUUGAACUUCUCACUGCAGAUAGUGACAGCCCACAGCACAAUGUCUUCAGGAAUGUUUCGAGCCUGUUUGCAGCCUGCUGAAACACUUGAUACUCAGAAUGGUGUCUGAUAUUCAUUGUUAGAUGUUGAUUUGGAAUAAUGAAACAUUUAACAUUGUGUAAAUAAUUUUCUGUGGUAGAAACACAUUGUCCACUGUCAACUCUUGUGGUUCCAUGUAAAAUAUAUGACAAAUCCCAACUAACGAGUCAUGGAAUAAAAAAAGUGUUUGAUUCAACA